UUAAAAACUAAAGAUUGAUGUCAUCUAUAGUUCAUUGGCGAAUUCCUCUCUCAUUAUGUUUCAAUUGAUCUGUCGUUUAUUUGACAUGUUUUCAACAUUUCAAUUCUCAUUUGUGUAUUUAGGGUAGUCUUACCGCGGUGAUUCAACUACUGGGUUACUCGUUGCUCUUCGCAUAAAUUACAUCAUCAAGGUUUUGAUGAAGGAAAGGCUGAUGCGCUUGAAUUUGUGCCCAUGUUAUUUUCGUUUGUUCCGCAGUUCAUGUAUACAACCCCAUAGACUACUUAACACCAAACAAAGUUUACAAUUAGUUACGGAAAAUCCAACCUCUAGUUGGGUUUCUAUCAGUGGACAGUCUACUGUCAAAGAUUCUUGGUAUAACUUAACUCCUCAUAUAAUUGAACUUACAAAAAGGUCGUUGCAUAACCAACAACAUCAUCCUUUAAAUUUGAUUAAACAACGUAUCGUGGACUUCAUGUUUAAACGUCAUGUUCGUCAUGUGUGCAAUAAUAAUCAAAGUGGUACGCCACUAUUCAGCCUAUAUGAUAAUCUAUCACCAGUGGUAACAGUACGGAAAAAUUUCGACAGUUUAUUUAUUCCUCCAGAUCAUCCAAGUCGAUCGCGUACAGAUACAUAUUAUUUAAAUGAAACAACCGUAUUGCGUAGUCAUACAUCAGCGCAUCAAUUAGAUUUAAUCAGUUCCGGUUUAAAUGCUUUUCUUGUUGCUGGUGAUGUUUAUCGACGUGAUGAUAUUGAUUCACUGCAUUAUCCUGUCUUUCAUCAAUUAGAAGGUGUUCGACUGUUUACAUCGGACGAAUUAUUUAGAAAUGCUACUGAUCCUUUUCAAUGUUUUCGUCUGCUUGAAGAUAUUCCAUCGUCUUCACCAUACAGUGAACCAAAUAGUCAUCCAUUCAGAGUUUUUCCAUCAUAUAUGCUUCCACCUGAUAAACAAGUUUGUCAUACAACAGAGACUAAAAUGUUACUAGAAUUUGAAUUGAAAACCGUCCUAAAGGAAAUGGCUAAAUCUUUGUUUGGUCCAGACAUACAACUACGUUGGGUUAAUGCUUACUUCCCGUUUACUCAUCCAUCAUGGGAAUUAGAAAUCAAAACAAAGUCUGGCUACUCUAACUAUGAUGGCGAUUCUGAUAGUGAAAAGCCUGAAGAAUGGACUGAAAUAUUGGGAUGUGGUAUAAUGCGACAGGAAUUACUAGAACGUUCUGGAAUACCUAAUAAAGUUGGUUAUGCUUUUGGUCUUGGUUUAGAACGUUGGGCUAUGCGAUUAUAUGAGAUACCAGAUAUUCGAUUAUUUUGGUCAAAAGAUCAAGGAUUUUUGAAUCAGUUUAUAACUGAUGAUAUUCAUGCGCCAAUCAAAUAUAAGCCUGUCAGUAUAUUUCCUCCGUGUAUAUUGGAUCUUUCAUUUUGGUUAAACGACUCUGAAUCAAUAUCAUCUUUGUCUUCCAAUCCUGAUGGAUUAGAUAGAAUUAAAAUUGUUGAACGGGAUAUUUUCGAUCUUGUACGUUCCGAAGCUGGCGAUCUAAUAGAACAGUUUUACAAAUAUAGAUUACAACUUUGGUUGUGUAAAUGAAACCUAAACUAGUAACCUACCUAGGCAAUUAGUUAAAUCUGUCGUAGAAUGUAUACUACUGACAUUGUAAAUAAGUAGAUAGAUUUUUAAUUAUAAAUAUUUCAUCAAAAUUUUUUUUUCUAUUGUCCAACCUACAUGUAGAUUCGUUUGGUCGAUUCGUACAUAGAUCCGAAUACCGAACGACAAAGUCUUUGCUAUCGUUUUAUCUACCGAGAUCAACAUCAAACUUUGACAAUGGAUAAAGUUCGACCAUUACAUGAGUAUAUUGGUCAAGUUUUAGCGGAAAAAUUAAAUCUUUCCAUCCGAUAAUAAUUGUUUGUUAAAUAUCAAAUCAUGAUCAACAUGAGUAUACAAUUUCGAAACAUCGUUUCCUACCUGAUACCUUUAUGUAAAUAUUCUUCAUCUUGUCGCAUACAUAUUUAUAUUUUUUCUUCUAUAGAAUCAACUUUUCGAAUAAUAAAUUUUGUUUUUUGUUCAAAAUGU